UCAUCGCGGAGGCCACACGGUGGAGGCUGCCUUGUUUCUGCUCAGCCAGUGCGCUGCCCGAAAAUUUCCACAACACGAGCUUUGCGGGAGAGCGGCGCGAGGAAACGGCCGUUUCGUGCAGCGAUGCAGCACCCGACACCAAAGAAACCCUGAUCGCAGCGCGGGGGCACGACGGAUUCCUGGAGAGAAAGCGGCGAUGUUGCAUGACAUGCCUCGAAAAUAAAUUCUGAAUGAUUGAAGACUGCAGGCAGAGCGGUGACAACAUGGCAGAUAGAAGGCAACUGUUUGUCGAGAUGAGGGCUCAAGAUCUGGAUUCCAUACGACUGUCGACGUACAGGACAGCCUGCAAACUCAGAUUUGUGCAGAAGAAAUGCAACUUGCAUUUGGUCGACAUCUGGAAUGUCAUCGAGGCUUUCCGAGAGAACGGCCUCAACACCAUGGACCUCAACGCCGAGCUCUCGGUGGCUCGUCUGGAGGUGGUACUGUCCACCAUCUUUUACCAGCUGAACAAGCGGAUGCCCACCACCCACCAGAUCAACGUGGAGCAGUCCAUCGGCUUGCUGCUCAACUUCCUGCUGGCUGCCUACGACCCGGAGGCCCAUGGCAAGGUAUCUGUCUUUGUUGUGAAGAUGGCCAUAGCAACCAUCUGUGGAGGGAAAAUUAUGGAUAAAUUAAGAUAUAUCUUUUCACUGAUAUCAGAUUCCACUGGAAUAAUGGUGCACCCGCAGUUUGACCAGUUCCUGAGGGAGGUUCUCAAGUUACCGAUGGCGGUUUUCGAGGGGCCUUCCUUCGGUUACACCGAACAAGCCGCGAGGACGUGCUUCGCGCAGCAGAAAAAGGUCUCCCUCAACACAUUCCUCGAUACGUUGAUGUCAGACCCGCCCCCUCAGUGUCUGGUGUGGUUACCGCUCAUGCAUCGGCUCGCCAACGUGGAGAACGUCUUUCACCCGGUCGAGUGCUCCUACUGCCAUACUGAGAGUAUGAUGGGCUUCCGCUACCGCUGCCAGCAAUGUCAUAAUUACCAGCUCUGUCAGGACUGCUUCUGGAGGGGGCAUGCCAGCGGUUCCCAUAGCAACCAGCACCAAAUGAAGGAGUAUACGUCAUGGAAAUCCCCCGCUAAGAAGUUAUCCCAUGCUCUCAGUAAGUCUCUGAGCUGUGCAUCCAGCAGAGAGCCUCUCCACCCCAUGUUUCCCGAAAUGCCAGAUAAACCUCUCAACCUUGCUCAUAUUGUAGACACAUGGCCACCAAGACCAGUGAAUAUCACCAAUGACUACUCCCUCUCUCACUCCAUGCCUACAUCAGGGAACCCUUACUCCACCAAAAACAAGAAUAGUGUUGUGGAGCAAAGAAAGCCCUUAACCGUGGCUGCUCCUCAUCUGUUGAGAGGGCGCGGGCCGAACUACAACAUCGAUGUUGCCGAUAGACUCGCUGACGAACAUGUUCUCAUUGGCCUCUAUGUGAAUCUGCUACAAAACAACCCCAAAAUAUGUUUGCUGGAGAGCAGUAACCAUCAAGAUGAAGAGCACAGUCUCAUCGCCCGCUACGCUGCUCGGCUGGCUGCUGAUGCUGCGGCUCAGCAGCAGAGGGUCCCCACAGACCUCCCAUACUCUCUGGAUGCCAACAAACAGCAGAGACAGCUCAUCGCAGAGCUCGAGAGCAAAAACAGGGAAAUUCUGCAGGAAAUCCAACGGCUGCGGCUUCAGCAUGAGGAGGCAUCCCAGCCGCCACCCGAUAAGGGUCAGCAGAACCCCACCCUGCUCGCUGAGCUACGACUUCUCAGGCAACGCAAAGAUGAGCUUGAACAAAGAAUGUCUACUCUGCAGGAGAGUCGCAGGGAACUGAUGGUGCAGCUGGAACAACUAAUGAUGCUUCUCAAGCUGGAGGAAGAACGGAGACAAGCUACUCAGGGUCCCGGCUCUCCGCGCUCUUCCCCCAGCCACACCAUCAGCCGGCCGAUCCCCACUCCAAUCCACUCGGACUCUGCCGGCACGACCCCGACUCACACACCUCAGGACUCACUCAUGGGCGUAGGAGGGGACGUUCAGGAGGCCUUCGCUCAGGGCCCAAGGAGAAAUUUGAGAAAUGACCUCCUCAUUGCUGCUGACUCCAUCACCAACACAAUGUCGUCACUGGUUAAGGAGCUCAACUCAGAGGGUGGAAGUGAGACUGAGAGCAGCUUGGAUUUAGAAUUUGGCCGUUGUGACCUGUUGGCUGGAACCUCUUCAAAUCCUUUCUUCCCUUAUAAAUCAAGGGCCGCGGGCGCUGCAGAGGAGGAGGAGGCCUUUGAGAACGAUCUGGAGCAGCAGCUGGAGGACGAGCUGGAGCUGGAGGAGCUGAUGAAGCACAGGCGGGAAACGGACAAAACGUGCAUGGUGACGCUGCAGCAGUGACUGAGUAAGUCCACGUGACUGGUGAGCAAUAUGAAAAGCGACAAUAGUAGAAAACACUGGACGAGGGCGACAACACUGGGGCCGACGGUAUAAAGCACUGAAGACGUGGAGAGUUUAAGUUUCGCUAAAUUCAACCAUAGAAUACAUUUAUGUAAAGAUCUAUUUUUUAACCAAGCACAUAUUUAAGGUAAUACUGUGAGCGGAUGUAAAGAGAUUAAUUACUGAGCUGUCUAUUAUACCACAGGUGCCAUAAAAAACACAAAUGAUUUGGGGGAAUUAUUUCUUAAUUUUUAUCCUUUUUUUUUUUUUUUUACAUAAAUAUACAUAUGUAUAUGAGUUAAUGUUGGAAGGGGGUGGCCAACCUGAUUCGUUUAAAUUCUUUGAGUACAGUGAACCAGGUUUAAGCGUGAUUUAUGAUUUGUGACGAUGAACCUGGAAUUAUGUUGGAGCUGCCGGUGUAAAUGAUUAAACGUUCUGUAAAUGUGUAACUCUGGCAGGGUUACUUUGAACAUUUGUUACCACUAUUUCCUUUUUACUGUCGUUGUCGUUGAGUUGCUUUUGCUUUUCAGUUUAACCAGAUACAUUUGUUUUAUUUGAAACAUUUAAUGACGCACACUGCCUUAGCUGAUUGGAUGGCCUCUAACUGGAGCUCAUUCAACCUGUCAACGCAGCAUGUAGCUUACAACAAAACACACCUGCAGCAGUGUCGGGAGUCUUCACUGGACAAACUCAUUCAGUCCGAUGCUCGGAGGGGAUUUUGUCUGCACAUGUGUACGCUGUCUACAUAUAAAUGACUGAUACGCGGAGUGAAAAAGAAGCGACAGACUUCCAAACUGCUCAAAUUCAAAGGUUUACACUGGUACGGGCAUUGAACAAAUUGUGUUUACUAUCAAAGUUUUAUGAAUUAAGGUUUGAUCAUCGCUCAUUUGCCACUGUCUCAUGGUUAGCAUCAAUGCCCUCACACAAAUAAAUCUCUGUGUGACUUGCACACCGACACACACACACACUCGAUGUAUUUCUCCGAGUGUGCAUAAAACUUUACCCAGUCACUUCUGCGAAAAGUGGCGAGCCAAUCUAAAAUCAUAAAUGUGUGAAAUAUAUCUAGUUUGACUUUUUGAGCAAGUUCAUAGCAGUGAUUUUUGCAUGGUGGUGAUGCAUAAUAAAGUGUUGACACAAUAUCACAAA